AUGCGAAUAAGGGACCUGACGGGCACCAGACUGGUGACUCGUCUCUUCAAGAAACCAAUAAAUAAGCACUUGUACAUCCUAUGGUCGUCAGCUUACCCUUUAUAUGUGAAGAAGGCCUUUAUCAAGACUAAGCUCAUACAAUUUGUUAUAGUCAGUUCCAAAGUUAAGUAUUUUACAGAUACUCGCAGACAGUUCUAUAGUAAUCUUCACCAGAGAAGAUAUCCGGGUAAAGUACUGGAUAACUAG